ACCAGAAACAGGCAUUCUCGACUGUUAUCACAGAUUUUGAACUUUUCCAGAAGUAAUUCUCAAUAAAAUAAAUGGCUGUUGAAUCAAGAGUCACCCAAGAAGAAAUUAAAAAAGAACCAGAAAAUCCUAUCGACAGAGAAAAGACUUGUCCUCUGUUGUUGAGGGUGUUUACCACGAACAAUGGUAGACAUCACAGAAUGGACGAGUUUGCCAGGGGGAACGUCCCGUCGAGCGAGCUCCAGAUCUACACCUGGAUGGAUGCUACCUUGAAGGAACUGACCAGCCUGGUGAAAGAGGUCUACCCAGAUGCUCGAAAGAAGGGUACCCAUUUUGGCUUUGCCAUAGUCUACCCAGACCCCAAAAGACAAGGUUACAGGGUGAAAGAAAUCGGCAACACGGUGUCAGGCCGGAAGGGUACAGAAGACUCCAUGACGCUGCAGUCCCAGCGGUUUCAGAUUGGGGAUUACCUGGACAUUGCCAUAACACCGCCCAACAGAGCCCCGCCCUUCCCUGGCCGUAUGAGGCCCUUCUGACAGCCUUCCCCUCCCCUCCCCUCCCCUCCAAAUACACACACAGGAGAAGAUGCGCUUAGAUAUUGUACUUCUUUUAUACAUUUGUGCCAGAACUCAUUUUUGACAACUCAGAAAUACUUUGCAUUAAAGUUUUUUUAAAUCUA